CAAACACGUCAAUCUUUUGUGGUGCCAUGACCAAAGACGCCUUCUUUCAGUAGGAAAUGAGUUAUAAACUAUUAUUUUUCUAUUCUGAUUAAACUCUAUUCUGAGUGUCUUCCUUUUUCAUAUAACAUGUUUUGAUUAUCAUCAUGACUUUUAAAAAAUAUAUACAAAUCUGGAGACUUCUAACAGGCAUUAAACUUACCCAUGAAAGGAAUGUGCAACACUAGUUAUCUUUUUUUUUUUUUUUUAAUUAGUUACCAAGGAGGAAGUAAAAGGAACCUUCAGUUCUUUAAAAGUGAAAGUGAGAGUGCAGAGCGUAGGGAAAAUCAUUCAGAGAAAAUGUAGAAAUAACGACACGUCUCGUUCAUAAACGACAUUUUACAUGCCACAGUGAUCCAGGCUACAGCAAUGGCAGCCUAUAUUCUGCUUUUAGAAGCUUAAACCAUGAAAAGCUCUGCAUUGAAAUGGCCCCCAUUCGUUCAAGUUCCUCCUCCAGCUCGGUAAACAUUACUAGCACUACAGCACGAGUGUGUGUAACUGGAGUUUAGCGCGACCAGGCGACCGAUAUGGCGCGCUGACGACAGAGCGGCGCUUGACGCCUCGCUCCACCGCGCAUGCGCUAAAACAAACGCGCGAACUUUAGCGGGGGGGAACGGGGAGGCCGUGCCAGAGCUUUGUCUGAUGGAUGGUGUGUUUACAGUCUGGCUCAUUCCCCCUUAAUGUGAGCUUAAUGUCAGUCCACUUCCUUCUCAUCGCGGAGACCAGGAGCGUAUAGCGAGCACGCCUGCAUACACACAUACACACACACGCGCGCGCGCGCACACACGCACGCAUCCACACACACAUACGCACGCACUGUGCGCCCUAAACUAAACUUCUCUCAUCUCACCUUCCAACACACGGGAUGGCGAGGCGACCGAGACACAGUGUUUACAGCAGCGACGAGGACGACGAUGACGUGGAGAUUUAUGAUCACGACUACGAUGCGCCGUUAGCCAAAACAGGAAAACGGCACCUCGGCAAAACACGCUGGACACGUGAAGAGGAUGAGAAGUUGAAAAGAUUGGUGGAACAUCAUGGCUCAGAAGACUGGAAAGUCAUCGCCAGCUUUUUGCCUAACCGCACGGACGUCCAGUGUCAGCACCGCUGGCAGAAAGUCCUCAACCCCGAGCUCAUUAAAGGACCCUGGACCAAAGAAGAAGACCAGCGGGUGAUCGAGCUGGUGCAGAAGUACGGUCCGAAACGCUGGUCGGUCAUAGCGAAGCACUUAAAGGGGCGUAUCGGCAAGCAGUGUCGCGAACGCUGGCAUAAUCACUUAAACCCGGAGGUAAAGAAGACGUCCUGGACGGAGGAGGAAGAUCGUAUCAUCUACCAGGCGCACGAGAAACUCGGCAACCGCUGGGCCGAGAUCGCCAAACUGCUGCCGGGCAGAACGGAUAACGCCAUAAAGAACCACUGGAACUCUACGAUGCGGCGUAAAGUGGAACAGGAAGGCUACCUGCAGCACACGACUAAAGUCAGCUCAUCGCCGAUUACCAGCGGAUACACGAAACCAUCCCACCUGCUCAACUACAGCCAGACUCCGACUAGCAGCUCCAUGCCAACCAGCCCCAUCACUAACCAGUACCCGACCCAGUACUACAUCCCCGACCCACAACGGGUGCCGUUUCCAUUGGCUCUGCAGCUGAACAUUUUUAACAUCCCUCAGCACGGCACUGCAGCUAUACAGAAACACUAUAAUGAAGAAGAUCCCGAGAAAGAGAAGAGAGUGAAGGAGAUUGAGAUGCUUCUGAUGUCGACAGAGAAUGAGCUGAAAGGACAACAAGCACUACCCAUCUCCAUGGCCAGUUACACAUGGGGUCGGGGCUCUUUGACUGACACCUCAGUAGGUGUGGCUGUCUCCGUCCCAGCCCCACCCUUGGAGCAAGGCUGCCUUCCAGAGGAGAGCGCUCACGGCAACACGAACAGUCCGAACGGUAGCGGCGGCGGCGGCACAAACGGCGGCGGCAGUGCAGCAGGCAACAGCGGCGUCCUGGCAGCCUUACCAGAGUUCAUGGAUGCCAUCGAUUCUUUCUUAAACGCUUCCGUGAGUCCAGACCCGGACGGUCAGAGUCUACCCGUCUCGCCCUCAGCCGUGUGCUCCCAGAAGCCACUGCAGCCCGACCUCGCUCUCCACCACCAGAAGGAGAACGAUAUGUUCAGGACUCCGACUCUAAGGCGCUCGAUCAUGGAGUGUUCUCCUCGCACUCCUACUCCAUUCAAAACAGCACUGACCUUGCAGGACACCAAAUAUGGCCCGCUGAAGAGGGCUCACAGCCCUCCUGUAGAUGCAGUAGUUGGAGGAAUUAAACAGGAGCCUCAGGAAUGUGAAGUGAGCGUCGGAGGAGCGCAUCACGACCAGCCUCCGCUCAAGAAGAUUAAACAAGAGGUCGAGCCAACGUGUCUGCAGUGGGAGGGACAGAAUCUUCAUGCCCAGCUUUUUCCUUCAAGUGGCCCCGCCCACAAUAUGCCGGAUCUGUUGACGAGCUCGCUGCUGAUGCUGCCCGGAUCGGAGAAGAGCGAGGACGGACAUAAAGCCGCUCAGAUGCCCCGCAGAACUCUGGGUAGCCCAGUGCAGCACGUGGGAACAUGGGAGCAGGUGCUUUGUGGGAAGACCGAGGACCAGCUUCUGCCCUCUGAGCCGACACACAAAUACCUCAACAACUUCUGCUCCCGCACGCUGGUCAUGUAGGAAGUGUGGAGGAGCGAGGUCGAGAGACAGCAGACAAUCAUUCUGCAAUAAUGGAAAGAGAAAACACUCCGUGGCCGCUCCUAAGGCGGGGUCGAGUCAUUAUGGUACAAUACGUGAUUUGGGAGAGGCGUACAGCCAUUCAUUUGACUGCACAGCCGUCAAUUAUGUUGUGCUUUUCCGUGUUGGACGUCAGCCAACCAAAGUAAAUGAACCUUUUUUUUUGUUUGUUUGUUUUUCUACAUUUUUUCAUUUUGUCUCUUUUGUUUGUCGGCUUUUAUUUUUUAAUAAUAUUGUAUUAUAUAUUUUGUAUUAUACACGGGGAAAUGAACUGUCUAUGAGGGCUCUAAUUGUAUGGAAUUUUAAUAUAAAUAACAAUUUGUAAUAAUUUAUUAUUUUGUAUUAAGAAUAAUUAACUACGACAGGCGCAUUCGUCAGUGUUGGACCCCAGUAUUCGUGCAUCCUGCUAAUCUCUAGUCUAUGCUGUGCGUUAACAGUAAGGAGCGUUGUUUGCUUCGAGCAUUACCCAUGAUUUACACCCUGUAGCCCAGCAGUGCUGCCUCCGAAAUGACACAGAACCAUGUUUAAAGUGCGCUACACGAGACACAAUCCCAAACCAAAGCACUGAUCAGAGUACUCAAGUGCCUCAUAGUUCACAUUGCCAAGUUUAGAAGUCGUGUGUGUCCAUAGAAAGGCACCCAUCAUUUCACUAGUGUUACCAUUUCAAAUUUUUAAAAAAAACAACAACCCAAAAACGAAAAGUGCGGGAUUGAAUUAAGAUCCCGUUAGCACUAUGUUAAACUUGAUACCAAUAAAGCUACAACGCAAGAUUUCAAUUGAACAAAGACAAAAAAAUAAGUAUUGGUUUUCUGAUUUACUACCAAGCUAAAAAACAAACAAACAAACAAAGUUUACCAAGCAUGCUUUCAUAUCAAAGGCCUAAGUGACAAAAAAAAGAGCUUUUGAUCUGAUGAGACAUUUCUUUACACUUAAUUUCAUAACACUGUUUAUUUUUUUUUAUAUUCCAGCGUGUCAAUGGUAUUGCUAGUUUUAUAAACACUGAAAUUCUUGUUUGGUUUUUUUUUGUUUUGUUUUUGUUUAUUUUUUUAUAACUGUGCCUUUUUUUGUGAUAUUAUGAUGUGCUUUUUAUACCAAGACUAUGAUGGCCAAUCAGAAACAUUUAGCAGUAACGUUUUUGUUAUUUGCUGCCUCUUUUGUAUUAGCGGAAAGUACAAACACUUUUUUUAUAUACAUCAAACGUUUUCUACACGUUUUUUUCUACAUUUUUUUUUUAACUGCCAUGUGAAUAAAGUGUGUUUUUGGAACUUUCUGUGGUUUUCUUUCUUAUUCCACAAUGUGACAUUUCUCAGGUUUUUCUCAAGCACUUCGGUGUGUGUGUGAAUUACGAUUGAAUACUCAAUACAACCAUACAGACUCACGUGAAGUAAACGCGAACCGUGCGGAUUCUUUUUUUUUUUUAUUUCUGAAUUUUACAAAAUGGAGAACCGGUGAUUAUCGGUUGCAGUGUGUUAAAAUGUCAACAUAUUUUAUAUCAAAUUAACAGCAAUUUUCCUUAUUGGUGGAGGUUAGACGCGUGAUGAAUACGAGCUUAUCGUCAAUUACACUAAUAUUGGCACCCUUGGUAAUAUUGGCCUCCACUGAUAUUGGCACCCUUGGUAAAUAUGAGCAGAGAAGGCUGUGAAAAAUGGUCUUUAUUGUUUAACCUUUUGAUCUUUUGUUCAAAGAAUU